AGGGUGGCCCAGGCCUACGUGAACCAGCGCAAACUGGACCAGGAGGUGAAGACGCUGCAGGUGCAGGCGGCCCAGUUCGCUCGCCAGACCGGCCACUGGAUCUCCAUGGUGGAGAAUUUCAACCAGGCCCUCAAGGAGAUCGGGGACGUGGAGAACUGGGCACGCAGCAUCGAGCUGGACAUGAGGACCAUUGCCACGGCCCUCGAGUACGUGUACAAGGGGCAGCUGCAGCCCUCCUGCUCCUGAGAGACCCCCGGGAGACCCCCCGGGACCC